CCGCCCAGCCUGGCAGCGCCGUGUGGGUCUGUCUGGCUGUCAGCGGGAGCGAGGCGGCUGUGGCGUCGACGGGCUCCCUCCGCCAGGGCGGCAUCUCUGGGGCUGUGCCAAGGUUGCCAGCAAGUGAAAGAGACACCCCUCGUGGAGCUGUGUCAGAGAUGUCCAUCUCCGUUCAGAUGUCCAGUUUUCUCCCAUCCAUGAGCUCAGACUUCCAACAUUACAGUUUCAGGAUGCCGAACAUUGGGUUUCAGAACCUGCCUCUCAAUAUAUACAUUGUGGUUUUCGGCACUGCCAUAUUCGUCUUCAUCCUUAGUUUACUCUUCUGUUGCUACUUGAUCAGGCUCAGACAUCAGGCACACAAAGAGCUUUAUGCCUACAAACAGGUUAUUCUAAAGGAAAAAGUAAAAGAGCUUAAUCUGCAUGAGAUCUGUGCCGUUUGUUUGGAGGAAUUCAAGCCCAAAGACGAAUUGGGAAUCUGUCCAUGUAAACAUGCCUUCCACAGAAAGUGCCUCAUUAAGUGGUUGGAGGUGCGAAAAGUGUGUCCGCUCUGCAACAUGCCUGUCCUACAGCUGGCACAACUCCAUAAUAAGCAAGACCAUGGGCCUCCCCAGGGACCCCUGCCUGGGGCAGAGAACAUUGUAUAGCUUCUCCCAAGCAAAGGACACUUCCAUCACAAAAACUAUCGCAAAGAUGAAAAUGAUGGGCUUAUGCAGAGAAUCGCAGAUCUCUGAAUCUGUUGCUUACAGCCUUGGUGCAUCUACCAGGAUUCCCUUUGUCUCAUGAAGAGCUCCCCCGAUGCACUUUAGGAGACAGGGCCAGAUGCUUGGACUUCAGAACAACCAAAGCAAUAUGCUACCAGCGCAACAAGAAGACAAAAGGCAACAACAAGCCUAGUGUUUGGGGUUUUGAGAGCACUUUAUGAUGGACCCUGUCGCCGAUAUUACACGUGUAGGCCUGGUACCUGUUUCUGGCUAGUUGACUAUAUGGUGUGCUGAGCAGGAGGGAUAAUGUUACAAGUAUAAUAAGAGAACUCACAAAGCAAAGUCUUUCAAGACACUGGCUCCUGGGUACCUUGAAUGGCAGAUCCUAUGCAGCCAGUGGACAUCUUCCCAUCUUAAAAAAACAAAACCAAUCUUCACACCCCCUUUAAAAACUGUCUCCGGAAGGCCAAACCCAUUCAGCGGUUACUUCACGCUGAAUUGCUAGUGGCCGGAGAAAUGAGCAAGGGUUUUACAUUGUUCCUUUGCGGAGAUUUUCCCGAAGUUGCGGGAUUACUCCGAAGUUUACAUUUUGACAAUGUCCUAUUAGCAUGGACAGCACUAGACCAGUCUGCCAACAGCCUCUAAGACAGUGCAAGCACAUCAGCGCUCUGGGCUGACGUAGUUCCAGGAAAGGUUUGCAGGUAUUGGACUGGAUCUGUCCAGUAAGGGAACUGGAUCACUCUAAUAUGCACAUAUGGCCUGAUUGUUUCGGAGGUGCUGAGCACCCACAGCUCCCCAGUCUUCAUCUCUGAAAAUCAACCCGUACGUGACCCCAGAGGAGCAGUGAGGUUGGAUCUGCUCUUGAGAACAUCCGUUGCCCCCUGAGUGUUCUGGGAAGUGAUGGGAUGAUUUCCUACCAAGGGCUGUCAUUAAGCUGAUGUCGGAUACAGGCACUUACUGCAAACCACACCGCAGCCAUACACGUAUUUGACUCUGCACUAGGAAAGCCCCUUUAAAAAGUCUAAGUCCAAGGCCCAGCGCUUGCACGUUUCCCUUCCCUUCUCGUGUAGUUGGUGAAGCUUGGUUGCAGUACACAGCCUCUCUCCUGUCUGCACAAUCACAAUCUCAAAGGGCUGACUUAACCUGGGGGCAGACAGACCCAAGUCCACUAAAUUCAGCAGAGUUGCUGCCUCUUACUUCAGAGCCAAUGAUAAACCUUGACUAGCUUGUUUCUUUCUCUCGGCUCUGAAUUAGCGAGAGGUCCCAUCCAUCUACCCAUGUCAUUCUGCUGGGGGCCGAGUUAUUCAAGUCGCCCUUUUGAGUGCCGUGGCCCACUUGAAAUCGAUGUGUAUUGGACUAAGCGGUGGGGCAGAAGGUCUGUUUGUGUGCGUGCAUCUCUUGGGGUUGAGGAGUGCUCCUGGUGUUUGGCUGCAGUAUAUUUAAGCAGGGUAGGUUUCUGAUUUCUAGCUCCACUUUCUGAGUGAUUCAAAAGUACUGACGCUGCUGAGAUUCCUGAAUUAGACCAAUAAUAAACAGUACAGGUGCAGGUGGACCAGAGAGAAAUUCUCGUUAAAUGUACAUAGUUAGCCAUUGUCUAAAAUAACGUAAAUGUGCACAUUGCUUACUGCCUUGGCUUGCCAGCCCGUUCUCCUCCUAGGUACACACCUGUGUGCUUAGCAUCUGGUGUAAUGCAGUCCCAGAAUAGCCUCACAGCUACUGUCUUCUAAACAUUGCUUUAUAAGGGCCAAAUCCUGCUGCCAUUGAUCUCAAUGGAAAAACUCUCCUUAACCUCGGUGGCAUCAGGAUAGGAGACUUCAGAGGGGGAAUGCUGAGCGCCCUCUGCGCUGACUUUGAUUAUUGCAGCCUGCAUGUUGUUUGCAGACUAUUGUGACAGUGGAUGGGAGGAGAAGGCCCAUGUUUUUGUUCAUGAAUGUUAACCCAGCCACGCAUCUGUGGCUAGGUCACUGCUGAUUUGCCUGCUUGCAGGUAUUUGCAUGAGCUGUGAGUGACUGAACAGUUUUACACAGGAGCUUUCAACGACCAGUGGGAAGAAGGGUGGGUUGCGAACAUCUACCAGUAGCCACUUUGUCCACCAUAAACUUCAAAUUCCCCAUUUCACCAGAAUAGAAAAGGCCCAGAUGCCGUUAUUUCCCUUCCAUUGAUCAGCACCAAAGCAACGUUAGGUGCCUUUGAGCUUUGUUCCCUUUGCAGAGCUACGGAACAGAACUGCACCACCACCAUCUCUUGCAGAUGAAACCCACAAUCCCACCAUGCCUCAACCUCUUGAGUUUCUGUCUCUGGCCAAGCCAGGCAGGGCACGCUGGCCUAUAGAUGGAUGUCAGCAAAGAGGGUUGAUGACUUGUCUCUCUGAUAUAGCCUAAUAUAUGCAUUUCUAAUGUGCCUACACAAUAAUUUAGGUCAGACUGAACAAAAAACCUCCUGCUGCCUCUGAAGUUAAUGGGGAAUUUUUGCCAGGGGCUUCACUAGGAGCAGGAUCGUAUCUGAUCCAUAUUGUCUGUCCUGUGAUACGUGCCCCCUUCCUGAUCCCGCCCAUCACAUUUAUCCUUUCUAUGUACUCCUAUUUUUUUGCCACAGCCAUUUUUAAGUCAUUCAGAAGAAUCUGUAUCCUGAACAUGAUGUGUAUGAGACUCUUACCUAGGCAAGUAGGUAUCUUGGAUUCUAUUCUGAAUGGAACAAAGAUUUGGAUUUGAACUAUGAAUUUAAAUUGACAGGGCUGGCUUAGUGUCUUCCCUGCUGUCUCCUGGCUGUGCUGAUAACGUUUGCAUUUUAUUUCUGUGAGGAAUACACAGGCUACAGUGCUGUAUCUCAUUGAGGAUAAAUAUGUGUGGUCCCUGCAUUUUUGUGCCCUGGAAAAGCAGCCAGCCUGGCUGCACUGCUUCCUAGGUGCCUCUGCUUGAGAACCUCUGAAUUCCUUCCCUGAACAUCUAGGCCACUGAGGAUGCUCACAAAGAAAGUUGUGGCUUUUGGUCUCCACUUCACAGUAAAUGAAAGUGACUCAUAGGCUGGUCUCUGACAGCAUAUGACUCCUGGAGGAGUGGAGUGCGGUGCUACUCUGGAGUCUGUGUGUCUCCAUUCCUGGAUUAGAAUUUAGUAUGAAUUCUAUGGGGCUUCCUCACACAGCUCCUGAUCCCUUCAGGUUCUCCGUGCUCAGAUCUUCUCCAGAAAUCACUGGAGUUCUGUACAAGGACAGUUUGCAGGAUCAGCACUAAGGAUAUUUUCUGAUGGCUCGCUUGGUAAUAGGGUAGUGCAAAAAGCUUCAUGUCUGGGUAGGAAUUUAGCCUAGGUCACCAGUGUCUGAAAGUCAUGGCUGCGUGAUGGCAGUUGAGUGACCUGCGAGUUGGGAGUCUCAUUCCCUUUGUUAGCAUCUGGUCUCUCCAUUCCCAGACACUUCAUCUCAUUUGGUACCCUUAUUGGGAAUCAGAGCAGCAAGGCUGAGAAAUGGGCCAUGGACACAUCUUCCUUCUCAUUUCUAGGGGUGUCUCUUCAAAGCAGGGACAAAGGCACAGGGAGGUGACUGCAUGAUGCUGUUUGCAGAACCGCUGUCUGUUCUGGGCACAGAUCUUCAGUCUUGAGAGUUUCAAUCUAUAAUUAGUUAUUUAGUUUCACUAAAUUCUCUGAAACAAAACUUAAUUUUUCUGGUUCUCUGUGUCAUAUCAAGUUAGAAGCAAACUUGAAGCCAUGCUCUGAUUGGACCCCAAAUCCUGUAGGGGCUGGUAACUAUACAAAUACAUAUAAUAAUGUCAGCGCAGCAAAUAUAAAACGCGGGAGAGGGGAGAGUUAAAACCCUCUUGCAGAAGCUGUUUUGAAUUUGGUGCCACAGAAAAUGUCUUCUCAAAUGGCCACAGGAAUUCCCUGCACUUGUCUGGUGUGCGAUAUCCUUCAGUGUUUGUUUGAACGAGUACAUACAGUGUGGCUGCGGGUUUAUUCCACUUCCCUUUACCAGAAUAUUCAGCUCCCAGACACAUCCACACAGUCCACUUCUCAAUGAGCCGGUGGAGUGACAGUUAUUUUUUUUUUUUAAUGGACUGUUCCAGUGAGACUCCACCUUUCUCCUAUUGCUGUCAGUUUUAGAGCCAUCUCAGACGUACUCAGGUUCACCGUGCUGAGGGAUGUUAAGGUAGUUUGUCAGUUCCACUCUGUAGUCUCUGUAACCGGCAUAACACCACCUUGUGUAUAGUGUCUGUUUGGUAUCUCUAGAGCAAUUGACUACCUCAAGGGAGCCAUUUAAUGUCUUAAACAUCAGCGGUACUUGUCACAAAUGUAUGGAGAGGGGGUGCUAUACCCACAUCUCAGAGCAUAUGAAUGUGUUGUCUUCUCUCCAUUUCCCAGCACUAGAUUCUGCAGAAUAGCACUCAGGUUCUUGAGCAGAUGUGUGCUUUGUUUCACAUUAACUGGUGACCAGAAUAUUUGGAUGGCUAGCCCCAAAGGUGGCACAGAUCCCUGCAAACUCUGCAUUCGAGACAGUGACCCGGGCUUGUGGGUGGAGUAAGGCUAAAAUAUUCACAGGAACCACAUUCCUGUCUGGUAAGUUUCUCUCUCCCAGUCUCAUUAAUCAAAAAUAUUUGUUUGACAGGCCACCUGCCCACAACUCCCAUUCACUUCAAUGGGAUUUAUGUGUGAUUAGCACCUCUCAAGAUCAGACCCUAAGAGCCCUUCAGCCAGUGGAUGAAAAUAGAAGCCCUCAUGGCAAAUGCAAUUGUAUCUCCCUUGAUUGAUUGGUCCCUUCGUAUAUAGACUUUCUAACCACUAUUCUCUCCUCUAGUAUGUACCAUAACCCCCACCAGUUAAUGGGAAGUACAUGUGUACAUUUCUAUGCGAGAAUAGGCCACUAAUUUUAGCAGGCUACUUGCAAUCCCUUGGUUUCUUAUAGCUGAACUAGGACAAGUUGCUCAUGGAUAAUCCCUACUAGCUUGCUAUUUCUCUCCCAACUGCAUUAUUGAUGCAAAUCUCCAUUCCCCAUAGUGGAGUGGACAGGAUCUCUGUGAAUGGCCAGUUCUUGGUGCCAACUCGUGCUGUGGUACAAAACAUACACUGCUCGCUGUAAAAGUCACACCUUGUGGCAAAGAAGGUAUUUGGAAGUAUAGACUCUACCAUGUGCCUGUCUUGUGUUUCCUUCAAAAGUUGACUAUUUGCCUUUAUUGGAGAAAAUUAAGCAACUUGUAGUCAACAUUUGAAAAAUCUCUUGUGUGUAUUUCAAAGCAAAAAGCUGGAGUGUUAAUUAGUUGCCAUAAACCAGGUUGCACUGACCCGUUGGUCCAGAGCAUUUGUAGUGGUGGAUUCUGAAGCUUGAUCAGAUUUCAUUGUCUUGAUGAGGAAAUUGAGCUGCAGGGCAAAGCUCUGUGUCCUCGUGGAUGUGUCUUCCUAAAACUCUACAUGGUUGGUGAAGGCUCACUUUCCCCCUGGCUUGUUUUUGGUGACCCCAGUAUUGAGCUGUUUGCCAGUGGAUGGCUGACCUGUCUGAUCUCUCACCCCAGUGUAAAUCUGGAGUAACUCCAUGACCACCAGUGGAUUUAUACCAGUGUGAGAUCAGAAUCCAACUCUAUCUCGUGGGGAUAACUCUAUACUGAUCAAUCUCUAGAUGACUUUGGAUGUAAAUGGAAGGGGCAGGAUAUUACCUGAACCCUGCUCUUUCUUAAGGGUUUCUCUUUUUUGCUUCAGUAUUUACAACUCUCCCUAUUGAAGGGGUGCAAGACAGGGGUCAUUCAGUAUUACAUUGUACAGGCUUUUCUAAUGGCAGAGUAGACUGUUCUUUCCAAUCCUUUUAGAAUGGGGGUAAAGUUUCCCAUUACCAAUUAGUCUGUGUAUUUUGAUAGCAUCAGUACCUGACCAGUCAAACACUAGCGAUAGUUCUUGUGAUUAGGCCAUCAAGGGUUUGGGUUAUGGGGGGUGGGGGUGUUCUCUCCUUCUCUGUAAAUACUGUGUGACUCCUGAGAUGUUUAUGCCUCUGGGUUCAUAGACAUGUUUGUACACUAAGAAUUCUGCAGCAGAAUAUUUUUUAAAACAUUUGCUGUUUUUUGUAAGCUAUAUUUUUGUAUAUUUAAUUGCUAUUUUAAAAUUCUAAUGCAUCUUUUUUGCUAAUCACACUAUUGUUAAGGAAAAGAGAAUUUGCAUGUGAUUUGACUUGAAAUGUAAAUAAAUGCGGAUUUUGGAAAUCGUGCUGUG